UGAUCUGUCAAAAACUACACAGUGUUUUGCUUAUUUGUUGUUCGGUGGCAUUUGCACAUUUUUAAACAAAUUUAUUAUUAAAGAAAUCAAUAUUUUACAUUAAAUAAAAUCAUUUAAAAUGUGUGACGCUGAAGCAGUAACUAAAAUAGCCACCUGUCUGGGUGUUCCAAUUGGAAAAGUAGCAUACAAUAGUGAAAAAAUUGUUACCAGAACUAGCAACAAUGAAACAGCAACUGGUUUUGCCAAUAUUCUAUCAAUGUUAGCUAAAGAAAGUCAAUCUGAAGCAGCAAAGAAUAGUAUUUCUUCAGUGGAAGUUGAAGCACAAGUUCAACAAUGGAUUGAAUAUGCUAUACUUUAUGUAGCUCCCGGAUCUAAGGACAAGCAUGUAGCACAACAUUUGCUGAGGGAUUUUAAUAACUACUUUUUGUCACGAUCAUAUUUGGUUGGUUACACUUUAACUUUAGCUGAUUUGGCUGUUUUUGUGGCCAUAACUGAUCUCAUUAAAUCAUUAUCACCUAUUGAAAAGGAAAACUAUUUAAAUCUCUCGAGAUGGUUUAAUCAUAUUCAAAAUAGACCAGAAGUUAAUCAAGGCAAUGAAGUCAACUUUACAACUGUCUACCUUCAUGGAUCAGCAACACACAAAUAGGUUCUUGAUGAAAAAUCAAUAAACAAAAAAAAAACAACAACACACAAACACGUUUCUUUCACAAGCAUUUAAUUAUUGAUAUGAAUAAAUAGAAAUUUUAUAGAUAAAAAAAAGCCCAUACCUAUUCAUACUGUCUAAUUAUAAAUCUUUUCCUAAUGUA